GUUUGAUGAUGGCCAUGAUGGUGUCUCGCAUGCCCGUCUUACAACACCUCUCCGCCCGUCAGUACGUGGCACUCUCUGUCACCAUCAUCGUCUCCGUCCUGGGAUCUAUUUCAGUAACCAUCGGCGGGAACGUGCUUUGGUCCCUCGAAAAGGCCAUUAAGUGGUGCGUGAAGAGGGAGUAUAUACACAUUGAUUCUACUCCAUUCUACUCCUUCUCUCGCUACUCCGGUGUCUCGCUCGGUCUCGGACUCGGUCUCUCCUCGUCCUGGUUCAAGAAAGCGGCCAAGUCGAGAUUCAGCACCAACAUGAUCGUGUCCCUCGCCGUCCUCAACUUCGUCACGAGUCAGAUUGGCGUCGUCGUGCACAAGUCCCUCUCGCCGGCCAUGUUUGGGUGGUAUGUGGCGGAAUUCACUCUCAACUGCACCGUGACCUUCAUGCUGGUGGCCGCCCUUCCGAAUUUCGUCAGGGUCGUGUACACUGCACGCGCGGGCGACAAGUACAAGAAGAAGUGAAGAGAUGGGCGGGUGUGGGCGUUUGGUGACUGUUUCGGGGGAGGGUUUUUUUGCGUGUUCGAAGUGCGAGAGUGUGGAGUGAGGACUUUGUUGUUGUUGUUCUUUCUUUUGUUCUUUCUCUUUAUCUUAUUUUUUUCUAUGUGUUUUUUUUCUUCCUUUUUCUUUUUUCACUUUUUUUUAA